GGAUUUUGUAUCUCACAUGAGAGAGGACUCCGUUCGAGGGUUGAGGCUAAGAAGCGAUUACAGGAAACAAAUACCGAGAUGAUCAUAUGAAGAGGACAUCAUUGACGGUUAUCGCGCAGUUCCAAACGCGUCUUACGUCAUCGUAUCGUGGAGCUUGUGUUGAUCACGUGCUACACCCGUAGCUCCCAGGUCGACGGGGUGAUGUCCCUUAUGUAAAUGGAUAGCACCAAGCAGCUUCGUUGUUCAGAGAUUCCUAGAAUAAAGUCAUUUGCAGUACAUAACUUAGUUACUUCCAGCCUUGCUAUUCUGCUUUCCCAUUAUUUAUGCAAUGGUUUUUUUUGCAUAAAGGCAGUUGAAGAGACAGAUACAUAAGCGGGAAGGAGCAAGAGGGAAGUUCGAACAUCUUCUCGGUUAAUCUUGUUAACCAAAUGCAGUGUUAUACUGAGCUCUUGCCUCCCACUGGGGUCACUCAUUCGUUGGCACUUCCUUUUAUAUCUGAAUCAGCGAACAACUUGGUGGUUGCUAGAACCUCUCGUCUCCAGAUAUUUUCAUUGCUUAAUAUUUGCCCUCGACCUGGAAGCACCGAAGAACAGGGUGUCCCAAAGCUGAUAUUGGAGAGGGAAUAUGCUCUUCCAGGAACGGUAACAGAUCUAUGUCGAGUCAAACUCUUGAAUACCAAGAGUGGCGGCGAAGCCAUUUUGCUUGCCUUCCGAAACGCGAAACUUUCUUUGAUCGAGUGGGACCCAGGGCGGUAUGGCAUCUGCACUAUCUCCAUUCACUAUUAUGAGCGGGAUGAUUCGACUAGUAGUCCGUGGGUACCUGAUUUGAGCAGCUGUGGCAGCAUCCUUAGUGUGGAUCCAAGCAGUAGAUGUGCGGUUUUCAACUUCGGGAUCCGGAAUCUCGCCAUCCUUCCUUUCUACCAGCCGGGCGAUGACCUGGUGAUGGAUGAUUAUGGCGAACUUAACGAGGAGAGACUUGGCAGCCAUGGAUUAGAAAGUGGCACCGAUUGUGAAAUGACCAAAGAAAGCAAUGCGCAUGGGACGCACACUUCUUCCUUUGUGCUCCCUUUGGCAGCGUUGGAUCCAUCAAUACUGCACCCCAUAAGUCUCGCUUUUCUAUAUGAAUACAGGGAGCCGACAUUUGGAAUUUUAUACUCGCAGGUUGCUACAUCUAAUGCGCUUCUUCAUGAAAGAAAAGAUGUUGUUUUCUAUACCGUUUUUACACUGGACUUAGAGCAGCGAGCAUCAACGACUUUACUUUCCGUGUCUAGAUUGCCUAGUGACUUGUUUAAAGUGGUAGCCCUCCCUCCUCCUGUUGGAGGCGCCCUGCUCAUUGGGUCUAACGAGCUUGUUCACGUUGACCAGGCAGGGAAAACCAAUGCAGUGGGUGUUAAUGAGUUCUCUAGGCAGGUUUCGUCUUUUUCAAUGACGGAUCAAUCGGACCUAGCACUUCGCCUCGAAGGCUGCAUCGUCGAGCGUCUUUCUGAAACCAGUGGAGACUUACUUUUGGUACCCAUCACCGGAGACAUAGUCCUAGUUAAAUUCAGGCUAGACGGCAGGUCGGUGUCGGGUAUCUCAGUUCACCCCGUACCUUCCCAUGCCGGCGGAGACAUCGUGAAAUCAGCUGCUUCUUCAUCGGCUUUUCUUGGCGAUAAGAUGGUUUUCUUGGGAAGUGAAGACGCCGAUUCAAUACUUCUGGGCUGGUCAAUUCCAUACUCAGGCACUAAGAAGCCCCGAUCUCAGGCAAGGCGCAUAGAAGAGGAUUCUGGAGAAUUUUCUGAUGAAGAACAGAGUGAAGAUGAUGUUUAUGAAGAUGAUCUCUAUGCUACGGUGCCAGAAGUUGUGGUAGACGGUCGUCGCCCCUCUGCAGAGUCGUCCGGGUCUAGUUUGUACAAUUUUCGGGAAUACGACAGACUUUUGAAUAUUGGACCUCUGAAAGAUAUUGCUUUCGGAAAGUCUUUCUCAAGCCUUGGCGGGGAAGAAAAUGCCGGCAAUGACUCGGACCUGGAAUUGGUAGCUUCCCAAGGGUGGGAUAGAAGUGGUGGCCUGGCUGUUAUGAAGCGCGGACUUGAGCUUCAAGUGCUCAAAUCUAUGAGAAUAGACUCGGCCAGUUGUGUCUGGGCAGCAUCUGUAGCUCAUAUGGAAGAAGCCGUAUCCAAGACCACCGCGCAGGUUGGAAAACGAGAAUGUCAUCAAUAUGUUGUUGUGUCAAAAGCAACGAGUGCCGACAGGGAACAAUCUGAAGUUUUCCGGGUGGAAGGACAGGAACUGAGACCAUUCCGAGCCCCCGAAUUCAACCCAAAUGAGGAUGUAACCAUUGAUAUUGGGACGUUAACAAGCAAAAACAGAGUGGUUCAGAUAUUGAGAAGUGAAGUUCGAAGCUAUGAUGGAGACCUGGGCUUGGCUCAGAUCUAUCCUGUCUGGGACGAAGAUACUAGCGAAGAACGUAUGGCCAUUAGUUCUAGCCUUGUGGAUCCGUACGUAGCGAUACUUCGCGAUGACUCAACGUUAUUGCUUCUCCAUGCAGAUGAUAGCGGAGAUCUCGAUGAAGUCGAAUUAAAUGAGCAGAUGGCUACUUCAAAAUGGACCUCGUGCUGCUUGUACUUCGACAAAACUGGGAUUUUCUCCUCUCUCAGUGCAACCUCAGACAAGUUGGCUCCAAAAAGCAUGACCCUUUUCCUAAUGACCCAGGAUUGUCGUUUAUUUAUAUAUCGACUUCCUGAUCAGAAACUAUUAACGACAAUCGAAGGUGUUGAUUGUUUGCCGCCAGUCUUGUCAACUGAAUCUCCGAAGCGGUCAACUACGCGCGAGGCCUUGGCCGAAGUUAUGGUUGCUGACCUUGGAGACACCUGGAGCAGCUUUCCUUACUUGAUUAUACGCAGCAGACAUGAUGACCUUGCCGUAUACAGACCGUUUAUAUCCACUACAAAGUCUGUAAGGGAACCCCACGCUGACUUAAAUUUCCUAAAAGAGACAAAUUCGGUUUUGCCAAGGAUAGCCUCCGGUGUGAAUGAUCAGUCAUCAACUGAGGAGGGAAUAAGAAGCCUACCACUGCGCAUUGUAUCCAAUGUUUCAGGAAUCAGCGCAAUAUUCAGACCAGGUGUUUCACCAGGUUUUAUAGUCAGAACUUCGACAAGCUCUCCACAUUUUCUGUGCCUUAAAGGAGGAUAUACGCAGGGUCUUAGCAAGUUUGAAACUUCCGAAUGUGGUGAAGGCUUGAUUCUUCUGGAUUCAAAGGGCGUCGUUCAUGUUUGUCGAGUGCCUCUUGAUGUCCAGUUGGACUAUUCGUGGACAAUACAGCAGAUACCUAUUGGAGAGCAAGUUGAUCGCCUAGCAUACUCUUCAUCAUCUGGAAUGUACGUCCUGGGAACUUCUCAUAGGACAGAAUUCAAGUUACCUGAAGAUGAUGAGUUACAUCCUGAGUGGCGUAAUGAAAUGACCUCGUUCUUCCCUGAAGUGCAGCGAAGCUCUUUAAAAGUCGUGAGCCCGAAAACGUGGACCGUUGUUGAUAGUUAUCUAUUGAGCCCUGCCGAGUAUGUGAUGGCGAUAAAAAACAUGAGUCUUGAGAUCUCUGAGAAUACACAUGAGCGUAAGGAUAUGAUCGUUGUGGGGACAGCAUUUGCAAGAGGUGAAGACAUUGCGUCGCGUGGCUGUGUGUACGUCUUUGAGGUUAUUAAGGUCGUCCCUGAUCCUGAGAGGCCAGAGACGGACCGUAAAUUGAGACUCGUAGGCAAAGAGCCGGUAAAAGGAGCAGUAACCGCCUUGUCCGAGAUCGGAGGCCAGGGCUUUCUGAUAGUCGCACAGGGACAGAAAUGCAUUGUCAGAGGCCUCAAAGAAGAUGGUAGCCUUCUGCCUGUUGCUUUCAUGGACGUACAGUGCCAUGUUAGCGUGGUGAAAGAGCUUAAGGGCACAGGAAUGUGCAUCAUCGCUGAUGCUGUGAAGGGGCUCUGGUUUGCGGGCUAUUCGGAAGAGCCUUAUAAAAUGAGCCUUUUCGCAAAGGAUCUGGAAUAUCUCGAGGUUCUGGCAGCAGAUUUCCUUCCUGAUGGCAACAAGUUGUUCAUUCUCGUUGCUGACAGUGACUGCAACCUCCAUGUGCUCCAAUAUGACCCUGAAGAUCCAAAAUCGUCCAACGGCGACAGACUACUGAGUCGCAGCAAAUUCCAUACAGGCAACUUCAUCUCGACGUUGACGCUCUUGCCACGUACUUCAGUCUCCUCUGAACAAAUGAUCUCCGAUGCUGAUGCAAUGGACGUUGACAUUAAAAUACCACGCCACCAGAUGCUCAUUACGUCCCAAAACGGAUCCGUUGGUCUCGUCACAUGUGUUUCCGAAGAGUCCUACCGUCGAUUGUCCGCUUUGCAGUCUCAGCUGACUAAUACCAUUGAGCAUCCAUGUGGUCUUAACCCUCGAGCUUUUCGGGCAGUGGAAAGCGAUGGCACUGCAGGUAGGGGAAUGCUCGAUGGAAAGCUUCUCUUCCAAUGGCUAGACAUGAGCAAGCAACGCAAGGUGGAAAUAGCCAGUCGUGUUGGAGCGAAUGAAUGGGAGAUCAAAGCAGAUUUUGAGACUAUUAGCGGUGAAGGGCUUGGAUACCUGUAAUGGUAGGCAGCCUGAGUCAAUAAGGGCUCCGGAACAUAUACCAUAGAACAUCGAUAUGGAAGACAGCAAGUUUUUGGGCAUGAACUAUGAUAUAUUCGUAAUCGCUGUAUGUUUAUAUAUACCUUUUCGAGAUGUUCG